AAAGCAUACAAGGCCCACAAAUGAAUAAUUUGGCAAAAAUUUAGUUAACGACGUAGCGACGGCGGAAACAUUCUCAGAGAGGAAACAAGAGCAGGGUGAUCCGGCGAUUGAGAGAUAGAAAGAUGGGAACUAGACAAGUAUACGAAGAGAAGCUGAGACGCGCGAAUCUUGAGUAUGAUCCGACCAUGAACCCUGGUCUUGGCUCCGCUCGCUGUCCACGUUGCCUUUCUCUCUUAACCCCUAACUCAGAGAAAGGAGAGUGGACAAUAACUCCAGUUCUACACGAUGCUGCUGCUGUGGCUGGUUCUGGUAUUGGUGGCUUGCUUAGUGCCGUCCAUGCUUUCAACACAGGGAUUCCCUAUCUUCAAAAUCGGUUUUCAGGGUCAAAACGUCUCUCUUUCCUUGUCGGAGUUCCAUUGCUGCUAGGGUAUUCAGGUGUAGGGGCUGCCUUUGGAGGUUAUGCACUUCCCAAGUUUGCUCAGCUGACAGUUACCUCGUAUUAUGCAUCUUCAAGUGCUUCACAUUAUGCGAUCUCUAUGCUCACCCGCCGCAUCGAAGACGCUCAUCUCUCGAGAACUCGGAAAGAAGAUGUUAAAUGAAGUCAUGCACAGAUAAACGAGACUCUGUUGCACGCUUCGGUCUUAGUAGCUUAUUUGAAAAGUUAUCCUUCUAUUUGUUCUUUUUUUGUUUCUUACCAUGCUCUCUAGCUUAUACCUUGGUCACAUCUAUAAUGUUAAUUACUCAACAUGGUUAUAUAUAAAAUAUAAUGCAUUUUUUGUUCC